ACUUGCUGCUUCCAUUCGCUAGAAGGAAUCUCACUUCCACAGACACUCUCUUUCUGAUGGCUCCGGCUUUUAUCCCACAGGUCUCCAGCUUCCUUCUGCUGUCUGCUCUGAUCUCUGUCUCACCUACAAGUUCAUUGUAUGUCCUGAAGAUUUCCACAGAUGGUCCCGUAACAUCAGGGGCCCAAGCCUGUGUGAAUAGCACCUUAUUUAUAACCAAUGGAAGUGCAACUGACCCCAAACGCUAUGAUUUUCAGUGGAUGUACUCCCCUCUGCUUCUCAGCCACCAAUCAGAGAAUGAAUCCAGUUCAUCCAUCACUGUGCUGGGAAAUGCCCCCGGAAACUACUCCAUAUCAGUCUGGCUAACAGAGAGGCAUUGCCAGUCAUGUGAGUCAGUCGCUAGGAGCAGCACAUAUCUCCAAAUUACAAGUUCUAUUGUUGGGAAUCUUUCUGCCAGCCAAACAGAAGGCACCAAUUCCUCCAUCAGAGAUGGCUUUGUUGAGGCCACUGACAGCGAUGUUUAUCUGUCCUUCAAGAUUCACGAUCCCAGUGACUUUUUUAAGUCUGCUCAGUUCAGAUACAUUUGGACACUUGGGGACGGGACUGAACUGGUGACGACUGAUCCAUACACUCACCAUUACUAUUCUAAACCCGGGAAGUACAAGGUGUCUCUCUAUAUAACGGCCCAGGUUCCAAGACUUGGUAGACAAACAGAAUGGAAAACAGGCAGUUUUGCUGUGGAACUGACCUUACUGGAUGCCCUUAGAAGUAUCACUGUGGUUGGGUCUACAGAUGCCACCGUAAGGCUCAAGUACAACGUGUCACUUCAUUUCUUUGGAAGUCCCCCGCUAAAGGUUUGCUGGCUAAUGAAAUCAGAUUGCGUGUUAUUGGGAAGACACGAGUGUCACCUGGUGGAAAUAAAUGAAACCACUUACAGCAUUGGGCAUGUGUUUAACGCUGCUGGACGGUACUGCCUGAGCGUCAGAGCAGAAAAUCAAGUCAGCAUCCUCCAGAAUUACCACAGUAUCAACGUAUAUUCCACAGAUAUUUAUCCACUAUGGUUUGUUUUGCCCUGCUGUGCACUCAUAGCAACAGCCCUUGGUUUCAUCUUCUCCAUCCUACUCAAAUCUGGCCGCAACAGUUCAUUCCCUAAAAUGCCAAAUGAGGUUGAAAAUUUAGACCUUUCUCCAAGCGUUGACAAGCACCGUCUGCUUUCAAUAAGUAAGGGACCCACCCCAGGAUUCUGUGCUUAUUGUUCAGGUGACCUCAGUCGGGAUGAUGAAGAGGCAGAACGACUGUUAGAUGGAUGUGCUCCACUGGCCAGGCAUUACAUGCAGUGAAGCUUGAAUGGAUUCUCCCUCAUUCAUGAGUCUUAUGUUCAUCAUAUUAAAUACACUGAACUUAACUAUGCAAACAACACAUAGAUCAGUUCUGUAUUAGAACACCAUAGGGAGAUCAGAUGAAAUGAAAAAGUGCCUCUUGUGUUCAUCUACUGUAUACUGUAUACUGUCACAUAUCUUGGCUUCCCAUGGUUCCAUUUGGCCAAAGAAGAACAUUGUUUUAUUUCCUAUAAUGGAACUAUAGACACGUUAUAUGUAUAACUGAAGGUGUAAGUUAAAGAAACAUUUACUGGGCAUGAUGGAAAUCAUGCAAAUACGAACAUCCAAACUUUACUGGAUAAAACUGCAUAUGUUGGCAUUGGCAACACCAAAAGGAGACAAGCAACUUUUUGUUCUCUGCAUGUUUGUUUUAGCAUUUCCUUAGAAAAUUUUAAAUAUGCAGCAGCUUGAUAAAGGCCCUAACGAGGGCCGAAACGUUGGAUACACGAGUGAUGUUAUAAUAAACUAUUUACUUGGUCCAUCUUUGAGAAAGGCCUCAAGGGGUCCGAAACGUCAAUCAGUAGCUUGCAUUAAUAAUAAAACAGUUUUACUUUUAAGUACUUAGAGUGCGGACUCUAUUUGAAUUAUUUAUAUAUAUAUAUAUAUAUAUAUAUAUAUAUAAUUUUCACAUAGAACCGCACUCCAUUUAUCAAUUGAAUUAAGUUAUAUUUAUUUGCGGAAAUAUUUGUGUCCAACGUUUCGGCCCACGUUAGGGCCUUUCUCACGGAUUAUAUACAUAUAUAAAUAUACAUACAUAUACAUACAUAGCCCUUCCCAUUUUAAAAAAAUUGGGCCAAACAUGACUUCAUACAUGUUAAACCAGACCUCAUUAACUCAAUUAGUAGCGCAAACUUUCUUUAAACAUCUAUGCAAUUUACAUUCUCACCACAAGGUGCCACUAUCGAGUGGAGUAAGUAAGAAAAAAAGUCCAUUUGUAGAGAUUUCCUUCCAUGUAUACCCUGCACAUUUAUACAAAGUAUAUAUUUUGUUACCAGAAGUGACAGAUACACAAU